AAUAUUUUUCUACCUUUGUAAUGAGUCAAUUAUUAUUAUAUCAUCAUUACGUUAUCUGGUAUUGAUCUAGAUUUCGUUAUAUGAUAUCAUCUUUGUUUUUGAAAAGUGAAACAUAAUUACCGCCAAUUCAAUGAGAUAACACGUUAUUUCUCUCAAUUAUUUUUCCAUUUAAUUUUGCGGAAAUCACGCGAUGUGUUUUGUGUUAGAUUUCAAUGUUACAACAUUACAAUGUUCCUAAAAUGUUUUACUAAAUUCUGAAUCGUAAAUAUUCAUAUCGAAAUAAAGAAAGGCAUGUGUUUAAAAACAUUACAUUUCAAAUUAUCAAAUUCUAGAAAAAUUAAGAAGUCAUUAAUAAUACGUAUUACUUAUUAUAAAUAUAUUUAUAAUAUUGUUCAGCCACUAGUUUUUUUUUAUAUUAAUACUGACUUCAUUUAAGAUAUAAAGUAGACAAAAAUUUGUUUAUUCAUUUUUAUUUAUUUCGAUUAAUAUAGAAGUAUUUUGGGGUGACAUUACAGAUAUAUCACAUUUAUAGGUAAUUGAACUUAAUACCGGCAACGGGUAUAUAAUCUCAGCAACAAAUUCGUAUCGUUCACGUCAACAAAAGAGAUGGAAGAAACUGGAGAAAAAAUAUCGAAAACUCUUCCGGCUCUAUUGACACGUACGAGUGCGGCCUCCUUGUUCCUAAAUCGGCUAAGGUCUAAACGCUCAAAGCAAGAUGACAAUGAGCUUGAGAGUGGUCGAGUUCAGUAUGAAUCGUCGCCACCACCAAAUAAUUCACUAAAUCCCAUGUCCUCCAUGGAAGAUUACUCCAUCAUCAGCGAACGUGCCAGUUCUGAGGAAAUUGACCGCACUGCUCUGCGUAUUAACGAAGAUUUUAUCAAAAACAUUCUCACGGAACACAGAAGACGCAUGGGCUGCAAAUCGCAAGUCUGGGAAAAUCUCGAGUCGGGCAAAACGAGUGAGAUAAAUACGGAAAUGGUUCCCGCUAUCAAGUCCAAUGAAAUCAACGUCUUAUUGCUACAGGCUUGUUUCACGGCUCGUACGGAUCUCAUUUGCCGCUUAUGUAAACACGGAGCCAAUCCCAAUUACACCGAACCUAAUCACGGUCUCACCCCGUUGCACCUGUGCGCAUUUCGGAAUUGUCUCGACGGUGUCAAGCUCUUGAUAGAACAGGGCGCGAGCGUCGAUACCAAGUCAAAGCAUACGCCGUUUCAUUACGCCGCUUUCGGAGAUGCGCUCGACAUUGCUCAGUACUUUCUGCAACAGGGUGUCAGUCAGCUAUCACCGCAUGACACUGAAGAAACGGUGUUGCACGUGGCUGCACGAAGUAAUGCCCUGCGCGUACUUUCUCUACUGGCGCCGAACAACGAGGUGCUGCAUCGCUUGGAUCAGGACGGAUAUGCCGCUAUUCAUCACGCGGCCGAAAGCGGAAGCGUGGCUUGUUUGGAUAUAAUUCUGAAAGCCGGUUGUCCCGUGGAUUUACCUACCAAAAAGAACGACACCGCUCUACAUCUGGCCGCGGGAGCUGGUUGCGCCGACAAUUUGGCUCGUCUGAUCGAGGCGAACGCUAAUCUUCAGCACAAGAAUCAUCGAGGGCACACGGCUUUACAUCUUGCCGCUCGUUCGCAUUCUUUGGAAUGCGUGGAGAUUUUAUUGAAAGGUCGCGCGAAUCCCAACGUGCAGGAUGACGAGGGUCGGACACCACUGCAUCUGGCUCUGGGGAAGUCCCUGAUGACCGACGACAUCACCGAGCUGCUCCUGAAAUGGCGGGCGGACGUGAACAAGGCGGACAAAUACGGCUACACACCGCUUCAUAUCGCUGCCUCGAAUGAAUUGUCACAGUGCGUGGACCUAUUGAUAAAAUACGAGGCGGAUCUCAGCGCCAGGACCAUUGGCGGUAAUAGCGCUCUGUCUGUCGUUCUGCGUAAGACCCCGACGUCUCUGGAUGUAUUCGAGCGUAGGCUGGACACGUCUCUUACUCUGAGACGACAUGGAUUCGUCGCGGGUGAACUCGAGCUGCAGUUGGAUUUCCGUCCGUUGCUGCAUCACCGGCGGCGGAACCGACAAGGUCGCUCACCCGAAAUCAGCUAUCUGAAUACCUUCGUGAAGGAGGGUUACAAAGAAAUUCUGGAACACCCAUUGUGUCAAUCUUUCCUACAUCUCAAGUGGCAGAAAAUCCGAAAAUACUACGUCGCAAGAUUAUUCUUCUAUUUGUUUUACGUGUUGAUCCUUACGAGCUGGGUGAUAACCGCUCUCGCUCAUAACUGUUACAACGAGUCAAAGAAAUACCAAAUCGACAUCCCGCCAUUAUGCACGAAUGCGACCGGAGUGUAUGGCUUUCUUUAUGAAAAUCGGGUGGUCCUUGAGUCCCAGUGGUACGCGCUGUUGGUGCUCACCAUACUUGAGACUUGCCGCAAAUUUACUGUCAUUCCCAGUUAUCGGACGGUCAGACAAUUCUUUACACAAAUGGAGAAUCUGGUCGAAUGGUGUGUAAUUCUGGGCGUGCUCGCCACUUCCUUCGUAUAUACGGGAAGAACGUAUACUUGGCAAAGUUAUGUAGGCGCCUUCGCCGUGCUCUGUGGUUGGAGCAAUCUGAUGUUGAUGAUCGGGCAAUUACCGGUGUUCGGUGCUUACGUUGCCAUGUUUACCAGCGUGCAGGCACAAGUGUUCAAACUGCUUUUGGCCUAUUCCUGUUUACUACUAGGCUUUACUGCAAGCUUCUGCGUGAUCUUUCCGCAUUCCAAUUCGUUCAGCAGUCCGCAUAUGGGUCUCAUUAAGAUCCUCGCAAUGAUGACCGGUGACGUAGGCUUCGAGGACUUUUUCUUUUCGAACGACAAAGGCGGCUUUUACAAGAACAUCGGUGGAACUUCAUGGAUUCUGCUGCAGAUCUCGGCCCAGAUCUCUUUCGUAUUGUUCCUCCUGUUUGUGACGAUCGUGCUGAUGAAUUUGUUGAUUGGUAUAGCGGUACAUGAUAUUAAGGGUCUGCAGAAAACCGCGGGCCUCGCAAAACUCGUUCGCCAGACAAAACUCAUUUACGACGUAGAAAUUGCGAUUUUCCUGGGAUUUACGCCGUCGAAACGUUUCGUCAAGUGCAUGCGAUGGACCGCAUUGUUCCUCCCGUCACCUCUACGAGCCGUCCUAACUGUUCGUCCAUUAAACCCCAGAGAGAGGAGAUUACCACGCGAUAUUCUCUCAGCCGCGUACAAAAUAGCGAAGGAGGGAGAUAGACAGAACAGUUUUUUUCUAGCACGCAAGAAAAGUUAUGAACAGACCUGUUUCACGAAAGCCUAUCCGAAAGCCGACGCGCGUCGUCAACGUUGCAACACGAUUAAUGACGACACGUUGCAACACGAUUGCAACAAAUUCAAAGAUGACAUCGCGGAACUUAAGGGAAUUUGCGAAAAAAAUCACAUUCUCCUUCAAGAACUUAUAAAAGCGCAAAAUAAUAAAAUAAAUAAAUUCCUCUUCCCGCACGAAACGGCGGAGGCGUACGCAGAAUACGUCAUGCAGUACGUGCAGCGCGAUCUUUCGAUUCGAUUGAACAUGUAUGAAAAUGAUCGAGAUUCAUUGGAAGAAAAGAGUAUUAAAUCGAAAGAUCUCGAGAUGACUACUCUAAGGAUACCGCCUGUUUUGAACGAUGAACAGCAUUUUUGUUCUACCAGCAGAAGCUUCAACAGUCGUCACAAGAACGAUCCGUUGUCCGUGAGAUUGGCCUCCACUUACAGAUCUUUAAGAUCUGCAUAUGCGGCAGGGGAUUAUCCAGAAAAAAGCGCGAUUAAUGAUAUAACCGUACCGAAGUUCGACAACGAUGGGAUCGAGAUCGAUGCCGGUGAACCGCCGCCGGUCGAUGAUUCCCUCUUCUUUGACAAUUUGGAAUGCUGCAAGAAUCACUACGUGAACGGCGCCAGAUUGAGGUCGGCUAUAUGGUCCAUCGUCGACUCGGCGGAAACGAGGCUGUUGCUGCAAAUGGAAAAGAAUCGCGCGCUCCCGAGAGCGUGCAAAAGCGAGAAACUACGGAGUGUCGCUUACAUCUGGGCGUCCUAUCGCGGUCUGCUGCAUCUUCUGCCGGAACUGGAGAACGCCGGGGCGCGUUGCGACUACGUCGAACCGCGUACCGGCGUGAACGCUAUUCUGGCGGCUUCGUUGGGCGACAAGCUCGCCUGCGUGGAGUAUCUGAUUGAAAAGGGUGCCGAUGUAAACUACGAGAGCUCGAUCACCCGUUACACGCCGCUUCAUUUCGCGGCGCUCGGUAAUAGCUGGCACGCCGCGGCCACGCUGCUGGAUCACGGCGCGAAGCUCAAUUACGUUUGCCAGGGGGUGGUCGAGCCUGUUCUGCACAGUGCCGUUCGCGCGAAGGCGGUGGAGACGGUGAGGCUGCUGCUCGAGCGCGGUGCCAGCGUCGUCGAGAAGAAUCACCUGGGCCAGACGCCGUUGCACGUGGCCUGUUUCGUGCAGUCGAUACCGUGCGUCGAGCUGCUGUCUGCCAGCGCGCCCAACGUCAACGCCGUGGACAGAGAGCACAGGACGCCUCUGCACUUCGCCGUGAUGAGCACCGCCUCGUCCGCCGAGUUGGUACAGCUGCUGCUGAAGCGCGGUGCCUUGGUGAACGCGAUCGACCGGACCGGCUUCACGCCCCUUCACAUUGCCGCGCUGAACGAGCAGUCUCGAUGUGUGGACGCGCUGAUCUGGGCGGGCGCGGAUAUCAGCGCGACCACGUGCACCGGCCUGUCCGCGCUGAACAUUAUACUGAAGAAGAUUCCCGAGUCCCUGCAUGUGUUCCGGCAGCGAUUGGACGCCUCCAUCGGACUGACUCGACCGGUACCGCACAAUCGCGAAUUCGAAAUGCGAUUGCACUUCGACAUUCUGUUUCCCAGCGGUAACCGGUGCGAGACCAGCUUCAUAAACUGCUUUGUGCGGGAGCACCGAAAGGACCUGCUGUCGCAUCCGCUGGUCAUGGCCUUCCUGCAUCUCAAGUGGGAGAAAAUUCGUAAACUCUAUUUGCUGAGGAUACUAUUGUACACUAUGACGGUGAUAUGCAUGACCACUUACGUCCUGACCGCGUUGGCAUAUAAAUGUUACAAUUAUAACGAUGCCAACAGCUCGAAGAUAUGCGGCAGCAAACGGGCCUCCGCUUUUCUCUUCCGGAGACCGAUCAUCGAGGUCGAAUGGUACCUCGCGCUAGUUCUAACAUGCAUCACCAUACCGAGGAAGAUAUUUGGCUUCAUGGUCUACAAGUCGGCGAUACAGUACUUCUCCAGUAUCGACAACGUGCUGGACGGUGUGGUGAUCGUCAGUGUGUUCGUCACGUCCUUCGUCUAUACCGGACGCACCUACGACUGGCAAAAUUACGUCGGUGCGUUUGCUGUACUCUGCGCCUGGACCAACUUGAUGCUGAUGGUGGGCCAGUUACCGGCGUUCGGCACCUAUGUCGCCAUGUUCACGCACAUCCAGUUCGAAUUCGCCAAACUUCUGCUAGCGUAUUCGGGCCUGCUGAUCGGUUUUACUGUCAGUUUCUGCGUGAUAUUCGCUGGCGAACCCGCGUUCGAUAAUCCUUUCACCGGACUGAUCAAAGUCCUGGCUAUGAUGGCCGGUGAAUUGGACUUCGAGGGACUUAUCAAUCAGGUGGACGACGAGCCGACCGGUGGCCCUUUCGUCAUUUAUCAUCCUUUAUCGGUGUGCUCGCAGAUUCUCUUCACACUGUUUAUAGUCUUCGUCACUGUGAUCUUGAUGAAUCUGUUGGUCGGUAUCGCCGUACACGAUAUACAGGGUCUGAGGAACCAUGCAGGGCUUACAAAGCUCGUGAGACAAACGAAGAUGAUUCUCUUCACGGAAAUGGUGCUGCACAACACUACGAUUCCUUAUGCUUUCCGGAAAUGGAUGUCGGAUCACAAGAUCGACGUUGAAAAUAGAAAACGAGUCCUUGUAGUAAAACCCCUUAAUCCUCUCGAGAAGCGAUUGCCUAAGGAUAUAAUGAAAGCCGCUUACGAGAUCGCGCAGAAGAACAUUCCCUUCGUAAAUGACGAUAUCAAUUUGAACGAUCAUGCUAUUUGGUUGAAACAACGACAGAACGAGGAGUUCUCCGACAUUGCUUUACAAAUGACGUUUGAGAAACUGAUCGCUAUGAUGAAAGUGAAUGAAGAUGCUAUAAAAUUGCUGAAAAUACAAUUGCUAGAAAUGAACAAGAUGCUGGAAACUAUCACAAUCACGUUAACGAAGGAAGAACGUACCUCGUUAUGACUUGGAUAAUUCAACAUCGAUUAUAUUUCCAUUAUUAUUUACGAACAUGACUGAUAAAGUAGAUAUCGAAGCCACAGUUAAUGGUGGAGGGCCUACUGGU